AUGGCAUCGCCCCUGGCCCCCCCAGCGAAGAAGUGUAAGAUGAACUUCUCGGAGCGGGAGGUGGAGAUCAUCGUCGAGGAGCUGGAACGAGGCAAGCACCUGCUCAUCAACCACUUCAACGCGGGGGUCCCACUGGCCACCAAGGCCGCCACCUGGCACAACAUCUUGCGCUGUGUCAACGCCGUGGCCACCUACCGCCGCGAGCUGCCGGAGGUCAAGAAGAAGUGGUCAGACCUCAAGACUGAGGUGCGGCGCAAGGUGGCGCAGGUCCGGGCCGCUAUGGAAGGAGGUGGUAUAGGGCAGGAUGGAGCCGGCGAAGGUCAGGACGGCGAGGACCCGACUGGUGCCACAGCCACCCCUGUCAUACUUACCCCCAUGCAGCAGCGCAUCUGCAACCUGCUAGGAGAAGCCACCAUCAUCAGUCUGCCUACUGGGGAUUGCACUGCCGGGGAUGGUGCUGAGAUACCCAUCGCAGCCUCCACCACCACUAUCACCCUGACCCAGAUCCCUGGAGAGACAACUUACCAUAGUCUGGAGGAUGGAGUGGUGGAAUACUGCACAACAGAGGCUCCCACAACUGUUACUGCUGAAGCACCCUUGGAGAUGAUGGCACAUCAAGCUGAGGCAUCCGUGAAACCCCAGGAGCUGAAAAGCCGAAUUGCCCUGAAUUCAGCCAAGCUCCUGCAGGAGCAGCGAGUGACCAACCUGCAUGUGAAGGAGAUCGCCCAGCACUUGGAACAGCAAAAUGACCUGCUGCAGAUGAUCCGUCGCUCUCAGGAGGUUCAGGCAUGUGCACAAGAGCGUCAGGCGCAGGCUAUGGAAGGGACCCAGGCUGCUCUGAGUGCCCUCAUCCAGAUCUUACGCCCCAUGAUCAAGGACUUCCGUCGAUUCCUGCAAAGUAAUACACCCAAUCCUUCGGUAACUGCUGACCCCAGCCACGUGGCCCAGAAUGGGCAACAAGAUGGCAUCAUCCAAUGA